AACUUGGGUAUGCCCCUCGGAGGGACGAAGUGUUCAUCGGAACACAUACGCUCAAGAAAGGACCAAACAAAGGACAACACGUGCCAGAGGCAGCUCCAAUUAUUAGUGAACUCCUACGGGCAGCUAAUGUCCACCCUGACUGGAAGGAAAAGAGUUUGAAAGAAGGUGAUCUAUUUGCACGAGUUGUUGGAAUGAAAGAGCCAAGGGGUCGUGUUCGUGUGUUAGGUCUAGGGCCAACACCUCAAGAUGUGGGCACACCGGAUACACGGGGUAAAGUGAGCACAAGGGUUCUAGUUGAAAUGGUAGCACGUCGAGAAGCUGAACACCGCAUGAGCACUUUGGAGGAGAAGAUGCAACAAAUGCAGCAACAAAUGAACAAAAUGCAAGAAAUUAUGGCAGCUUCACAAGGAGGGCAUAAUUUGGAGGCUCCUAGCUCGCAACAUGGUUCUAAUUCUCGACGAAACUCAAUAGAUGAAAUUGAGGAAGAAAUUGAUGGCGAAGAUGGCGAUGAAGAGGACGGUGAAGAUGACAAUGUUCAGAGAAGGAAAUUUGUUGCAAAUCCAAGAAACGCUUCAACCCAGCAAGAUGAAAGCCUUAUUGGGAUGGAUGUGCUUCUUUAUGCAUGGACUGGUCCUGAAACUCCUGUUGCUAAGGCAACAGUUCUCUCAGUCGAUCCAGACACAACUGUGGGUGGGGAGCCCCUUGGACCUGGUACUUAUGAGGUUAUUGUGAAUGUUGCCAUUAAAAGGGAUACUAUUCUACCAUAUCAGUACGAGGAUUUACUAUACAUUAGAGAUGCUGUCACAAGGUCCAUUGCAUGGCCAUCUAGCAAGGUGUCCCCAUCAAAUAUGAAUUAUCAUGCUAAACAUUUCCCGCGAACCACCAAGUACCUGGAUGUUUCCCAUCAACAGAAUGAAUUGUGUAAUGGAGCAAACUUGGUCAUAUAGUAGUCAUUGGCUUCCAUUUUGUAAAACAUGCUUGUAUGCGGUGACAACUUAUCUAUGUUAUGUUGACUAUGUUGUAAUCAGAUGAGAACAUAUGAACAAUUGGUAUUGUA